AUGGGGCUGGACAUUGCUGAUAUUCCACCGCGCUGGCAGUGGAUCUCUUACUAUGACUGUGCCGUUGACAACGACGAGAACUCGCGCGCUGAAUGGAUGGGCUUCAAUCCUUACGUCGAGUGCGAUCCAGCCACUCACACGAAAUACUCGCAGUCUAGUGGUUUGAAGACGCUGAUGGACGAAUACGCCGAGGUGAAAUAUGCUCGUCCUCUCAUGUUCGGCGAGUUCGGCUGCAACAAGGGUGAGAACACCAUCGACGGCUACGAAAACCAGCGCGAGUUCUACGACGAAUACGAUACUGAUAUCGCAUUGAUGCGGGCGAAAUGGAUGAAUGAGGAGCCUGAGAUGACUGCUGAGAUCGUAGGAGGCAACGUGUUCGAGUUCACUACGGAGAUCGCCAACUUGGUCGACAAGUCCGCCCUGGUGAAACCUGCCGACGCUGGCAAAUACGGUGUGGGGUAUUUCCAACCGGACGACUGCGACCAUGACACGACCCCGUGCGAGUUCACGCCCUACCCGACAACCUCAAGAAGGCAUACACUACGACCAAGAUCUCGACCGUCACGUACGACAGCUACACUCCGUCUCGAACUAAGAUCCCAAGUCCAUGUCCACGGAUCUCCCGCCGAUGCCAAAUGUGGAAAUUCUCGAGUGCACCGCGUUGCAGCCUGUGUGCAAGGGCAUCACAGCCAACGCGUACGAGCACGUUCCACCCUGAUCCAAAUUGAACAGGCACGCGCUAAAUGGUUUUUAAUUGGUUAAAAACACGUGAGUGUAGGGAAAGCGAUGCAGGUGGAACAGGUGUGUGGAUGAAUUCUUGGCAUCGACAUCGCGCAGACUCAGCCGACAGUUUGCUGCAUUUGGCCAGGCACCUCUUCUGUGGUCGUUUUGGUCGCGAUUUACAGAGCCGGUUUCUAGAGAAUGUAGUGUUCGGCUCCCACCGGUACUCGGCACUGGGCUCUCCUGAGCAAAUACCGAGCAGUUUGCUACGGCUGUGCGAACUCGCACUAGUUCGGGUUGGUAUGUUGGAAUGGCAUUGACGCGGCGCAGGCAUCAUUACACUUGACUAUUAAAGCAGGUAUUCUAGAUUAUACAUCGUCAAUGGGCCCGUUGGUUUUAGGAGUACGAUGUCCAUAGACUAGGUUGCUGAGCCUACAGGAGGCUCCUGAGGGGUAAAACCAACAGCCUUCGUUGCAUUGAGUAGAGUAGUAGUAGCUUAGCGCUAACAGCUAAAGCGAAGGGGGGCGAAACCUAAGUUUCUAUUGUAAAACCAAAACCACCCACAUUGUACUAAGG